GCUGCUGCUGCUGCCCGGGACGGAGCGACUUCCAGCGGCGCCGAGCGGCUCCAGCGUGCGCACAGCUGCGGCCAGAUGUUCGAGGCGGGGAGGAAAAGUUCCGGAGCGCCGCAGGAAGCAGAACCAGUGAUCCCCGAGCUCCGCGGCUCCGUGUCACGCCGGUGGUGGAUGAAGCCACAGCGGUUUUUUUCCAAGUCGCCCUGAGGACGUGCGUGAAGCCCAUCCCACUGCUGCCGAGGAUCUGCGCCGCAGCUCGGCUCCGCUCCGUGGACCCGCCGGCUCCCUCCAGCUCCUCCAUGCCUCCUUCUGCAGACACAAAGAGGCGCUUUUUGCAUUUCUAAGGCGACCGCCUCCCUGCAGCCCGCAGCCGGCUCUCCGCGCUCGCUCCUCGGCGUCCUCCCUCACGUGGACUAUCGAUAAGUUUCCGAUCACAUUGAUGAUUGGUGGUUGCGUCAGCGCCGCCGGAUCAGCCGCGGUCUCCUGGCGGAUCGUCGGACGCCUCAUGUGGUGAUCUGCAGGCGGGUUUCCCGGAGCCGCCUGCCCGCCGCCUGCAUGCAGAGCCUUUGCAGGGUCAAGAUGCAGUUUCGGACUGUGCUGGACGUGAAAGUCGUGGACGUGGAGAAGAGGCGCAACCCGUCGAAGCACUACGUGUAUCUCAUCAAUGUCACCUACUCUGACAACACCUCCCACAUCAUCUACAGAAGAUACAGCAAAUUCUUUGACCUACAGAUGCAGAUACUCGACAAGUUCCCGAUCGAGGGAGGGCAGAAAGACCCGAAGAAGAGGAUCAUCCCCUUUCUCCCAGGCAAAAUCCUGUUCCGGAGGAGUCAUGUGCGAGACGUGGCCAUGAAGCGGCUGCGUUUCAUCGACGACUACUGCAGGGCCCUGGUGAGACUCCCGCCUCAGAUUUCUCAGAGCGAGGAGGUCCUUCGCUUCUUCGAGACGAAAGCCGAAGACGUCAACCCUCCAGUGGAGGACUAUGGAUCCAAGCGCAAGUCGGGGAUCGACAGCUCGGAGCCCAUGGUGCUGGAGCAGUACGUGGCCGUGGCCAACUACGAGAGGCAGGAGAACUCGGAGAUCAGCCUCAAGGCCGGCGAGACGGUGGACGUGAUCGAGAAGAGCGAGAGCGGUUGGUGGUUCGUCAGCACAUCGGAGGAGCAGGGUUGGGUUCCAGCUACGUACCUGGACUCCCAGAAUGGAACCAGAGACGACCUGGAUCUGGGCACAUCCAGGACCGGGGAAGUUACUAAGCGCCGUAAGGCCCAUCUGAAGAGGCUGGACCGCCGCUGGACCCUCGGUGGGAUCGUGAACCGGCAGCAGAGCAGAGAGGAGAAAUACGUGACGAUCCAGCCGUACGCCAGCCAGGGCAAAGACGAGGUGAGCUUUGAGAAGGGGGUCAUCGUGGAGGUCAUCCAGAAGAACCUGGAGGGCUGGUGGUACAUCAGAUAUCUGGGAAAAGAGGGCUGGGCUCCGGCCUCCUACCUGAAGAAGAUUAAAGAGGACUUCUCCCCCCGUAAGAAGACCCUGACGGGCCCCGUGGAGAUCAUCGGCAACAUCAUGGAGAUCAGCAACCUCCUGCAGAAGAAGUCGGUCAGCGAGAAGGACAUCCAGACGGACGGCGAGGGGGGCAGCACCACGCCGGAGCGCCACAUCUCCAAGAGCGAGAUCAGCCUGCCGAUGCCCUACAACUCGGAGAUCAACGCCGAGACGGGCCGGAGGCUGAGCGCCGGCCGGGACACCAACAGCCCCUGUCUGGGAAUAGCAGCGAGCGCCGCCCUGAAUGAGAACAAAGCGAGAGGAGAGCCGGGGUCUCCGGCCGUGGCCAGAGUGGCGCCGCACCGAGUGGAAAUCGGAUUUGAUGCUAUCGGGUCUCCGAAUCUGAGGCAGAAACCUCCCCCGAGAAGAGACACCAACUUGGGUUUCCAGUUACCCAAGCCACCAGAGCCCCCUGCUGUGGAAGCAGAGUAUUACACCAUAGCGGAUUUCCAGUCCUCGAUCUCCGAUGGCAUCAGUUUCCGUGGAGGACAAAAGGCUGAUGUGAUCGAGAAGAACCCUGGUGGCUGGUGGUACGUGCAGAUCGGAGAGAUGGAAGGCUGGGCUCCCUGCUCGUACAUCGAUAAGCGCAAGAAGCCCAACCUCAGCCGUCGGACCAGCACUCUGACCCGCCCCAAAGUCCCGCCGCCAGCUCCGCCCGUCAAAAAGCAGGACUCGGAGGAGGCCCCCCCUCCUGCUAACUCUGCCUCCAAAGCCACAGAGCCGCCGAGCAGGCCGGUGUACGAGGAACCGGAAUAUGAUGUUCCUGCAAUCGGGUGUGAAGGCGAGUCUGACGUAGAUUCUCUGAAGGACGAGCGUUCCCUGGAUGUGAAGAUCAGCAGCGUGGUCGGCGACAAGUACCGCAACUCGCCUCCCUCCUGUAAAGCCUCGCCUCCUGUCUGCAAGGCCUCCCCGGUGUUCACCCAUCGGAGAACCUCCUUCAGGUCCGUAGAGGAGGUCACUAAAGAGGAGUGUAUCUACGAGAAUGACGGCUUCAGGCCAAGCAGUGGCAUCGAAGGAACCUUAGCUAAAGGUUCCAGCGAGCCCAACUCCCCAAGGAGCUACCACUCCUCCACAGUCCCACGAAAACCGUCCGGAUCUUCACCUUUAGCCGGUAGACCCAUGAAAACCAUGACACCAGAGAUGCAUCGGAGGAGCCAGACCCUGGGCAGACACAUGGAUAUCAGCCUCCGUUCCCAGGACAACAGCUCCCACUCUUCAUUGGAUGAACUGAGCAGAGGCCCAAAGAAAGGCCAGACCUUCAACCGGGAUGUGGAGCAGAGGAUAGGCCAGAGCCCCUCCACCCGGCCAAAGCCUUCGGUCAGACCUAAACCCCUUCUGACCAAAUCAGAGCCGCAGAGUCCCGAGAGGAUGGACAUCAGCUCUCUGAGAAGGCAGCUGAGGCCUACGAGUCAGUAUCGACAUGGCCUCAAAUCUUCUCGAGGGGACGACUCUGAAACCGCCUCCGUUAUCUCUUCAGAGGACUCGAUGUGUUCGCGCAGUACCUCAGAUCUCUCCUCUGUUUACUCCAAAGGCAGCCGUGGUGACUCAGACGUGGAAGGCCCCAAUCUCUACCGCUCCCUGGACGCCUACAAGAAGGUCCAAGACUCUGAGAUCAGUUUCCCAGCCGGAGUGGAGGUGGAUGUUCUGGAGAAGCAGGAGAGUGGUUGGUGGUACAUCCGCUGGGGCUCCGAGGAGGGCUGGGCUCCUUCAUACUACCUGGAGCCUGUCCGACAAGUGGCCGAUGUUGGUGGGCUGGAGUCAGAUGGACAUGGGAGUGGUGGGAGUAAGUCCAACAGCCUGGAGAAAAAUGAGCAGCAUGUGUUGGCCCUCAAUAACAUCAACAUUCAGGGUCUGACCCAGCAUCAAAGCCUGCGGAGGAACACGCCACCGAUCCCCUCCAAGCCUCCUGGUGGGUUCUCUAAACCAUCCGGGAUGGUUAAUGGAGGUGUACGGAUGAGGAACGGGGUACGCCAGGUGGCAGUGAGGCCUCAGUCUGUUUUUGUGACCACAACACAGCCAGCGAAGGACACCCAUUACAUGACGGGAUCCUUGAGGAGAAACGACUCCCUCGGCAGGAGCGACCACUAUGGCUCUGGCUCUGCAACUCUUGGUGUCCGCCGAAAUGCCUCCUUCAGCACCGUACGUCCUCAUGUGGUGGUUGAAAGUCAGACGAGGCCCGCUGAGCGCUCCAGUUUGUCUUCGGGCAGCGCCUUCAGCACAAGCAACGUCCAAGACGCCCUGAGCCGAGUUAACCAGCGCAACGGCAUACCCGUGUCCACAGUUCGGCCCAAACCCAUCGAGAAGAGCCAGCUGAUCCACAACAACCUUGGCAGGGACGUGUACGUGUCCAUUGCUGACUAUCGUGGCGAUGAGGAGACGAUGGGUUUCUCUGAGGGCACUUGUCUGGAGGUUCUGGAGAGAAACCCCAAUGGAUGGUGGUACUGCCAGGUGCAGGACAGCCUGCUUCCCCGCAAGGGCUGGGUCCCCUCCAACUACCUAGAGAGGAAAAAAUAAACCCCACAUCCUUCUCCCUCCUCCCCCCUCUGAUGUCUCCAAAGACCUGGGUGGCAUCACUCUUCAAGAAUGUUACCCGCAAUCUCCCGUAAGCAAUAUGUCCUUGGAAAUGUACAUUUAUGAGUGUAAAAAGAAAUGUUUUAACCUGAUGAGGAAAGACACUUUUAGUGCUGGUUUACUAAAAUUUAUACAAAAAAAGGAAGAUUUUAAAUAUUUUGCCUGGGAAUGAUCGGCAGAAACGUGGAGGACUGAGGAGGACGGUGUCUUUGAGAUAUAAAACGGUAUGAAUGGGAGCGAUAACCUCUUAAAGAGGUCGUAGAGAAGCUGAGCAGGGUAACAGCUAUGCUUAUUCCUGCCCAUCACUGACUAUGAUGGCCGAUAAGUGCCUUUUGUAUUUGAUCACCUGAAUGGUGGUCCUAAAUGGUGGAUGGCAAAACAUGAAACCAACCAAAUCUUUUAAGAGUGCCAUAGUCCUACGAACACCACCAGGAGUAUUCCCAAUGAAGAGCUCCAUCAUCGAGUGCAAACAAAGUGCAAAUCUAGAGCGCUCUAAUUGGUCCGAUGCACAGAUCAAACAAAGAAAAAACGAUUUAAGGGACUCGAGUCACCAGAAGAUUUAUUCGUUUAAGUCACAAGUCAUCAAAGACGGUAUUUAAAUCUCGUUAUCACGACUUUUAUUUAGUUUGUACAUGUUGCAGCGUCUUGUGUUGAUGCAAGUCUUCCUUAGAGAAUUAUUUCUGCUUUCUUGUGACAUCUGUUUUCCACCGACAGCCUGGAAUUGGAAAAGUUAAAGCUCCUACCUGAAGUGAACAUACAUACAGCUGGCGCUCCAGUCUGAUUAAUUGGCAUAGGCACGGACAUAUGUUAAUAUUCAUGUCUUUAAUCCCAGAUGUAACUGUUUGGGAAAACAAAUGUGUUUAAAAACAACCUGUGAAACUUGAAACAGUCGGAUAUUUUAGAAAAAAAACCUCCAGAACCAAACCACCUCAUAUCUAGGUAGGUAGUAACCUCAAAAGAUGAAAACAGUUAGUUUACAAAGAUUUAGUGUGUUGUUAGCUCCAGGAACAGUUGAUUUUGUAUAUAUUUAGUUUUCUAUACAUAUAAUAAGGCCGCUGUCGCGGUGAUAUAUUAAAUAAAUACUGGAAAUGCGGUGAUAUAAUUGAAUCCCAGGGAUAUAUCUGCAUAGCAUUUUGCCCAAAAUGUGAUCAAACCAAAGAGAAAUAUCAUUUCAUUGGCAGUUCUUGUGAUUUUAUUGUUUAUUUAUGGUACAAAUGAUACAGUGUGUUCACCAAAAUGCCUAAAACGAGGUUUCUGAACUGAAAAAUAAAUGUUUUCCUGGAAGCACUUGAUACAUUUUUGUAAAAUUAUUGAUCCAGAACAAGAUGUAAACAACUAAAUUGUAAUAUUAGAUAUUGCUGUGCAGUAUUGGGCUUGACAGUUUAUUAUCUUGUUUCCUAGUUUAGGUUUUUCGCAUCUUCAAAACUGUAUAAAAUCACAUAAAUGAAAUAAGUUAGAAACAAGUCUCCCGCAGUAUAGAAGUGAGCUAAAAUACAACUUCCAAAAUUCAAACGGCUGAUGUUCAAGACUGCUGAAAUACAUUUUCUAACGAACGGUGUGAGCUCUCCGUACGUACGAGGCUGAACACUAACCUUUCAUUAUGUUUCUGCUGGACAGUAUCAUAGUAUUAAAGUACAGUACCUGCUAGAUGGCGGUUAUCUAUUUCAACAAAACCAUAUUUGUUUUUUGUUUGUUUGUUUGUUUGUUUGUUACUCCGUGGUCGCACAGUGGCAAUAAUGAGGAACGAAGUGGUUCUGUUUUGUGAAUUAGUGCACUUUAAAAAUGUUUUUUUUAUGGUGCAUUAAUGUAAAGAUGCAGUAAAUACUCAGCAUAUUAUUUAUUGGUGGAGUUUUUUUGUAGUUAUUUAAUUUUUUUUCCUUCUUCAACUCAAGUGAGAGGAACACAGUAAGUCUCUCUGGGUAGAAUUGGAGAAACAGAGACCUCUUGUGGAAGCUUAAAGGUACUACACCAUGAUUGUGUGAUGAUUGGUCGCUUCCCUACCUCAGUGCAAUAAGAAAUGCGCUGCUGGUCAGUGAGUCUCCCCAAAAACUGUACAGAAAUUAAAUGUUUUUUUCAGUUUUUUGUUUUUUUUUAAAUCUCAGUGCAGCUAAAAGUUGUAAUUUUUGUUUUGUUUUGUAUCGGGCAAUAAUUUAUUUUUUGGGAUUUUUUUUGUCCCCCUCUAUGCUGUGUUCUGCAACUUUAGCAAAUCAUGGGCACUUCCUUCAUCUUUAUUGUGCUUUACAUAAUGCCUGAUUAAAGCGUAUUUAUUAUGAAUGGUUUAAUAUCGUAUCACGGUUUGACAAUCACCAUAUUCCCUCGUUCAAAGCAUUAUUUUUUUUUAUCAGGACUCAAGUCAGAAUGCUGCCUCGGCAGUCGACGGAAAUUCAAACAGAUCCUCAUUUAUGGUCGUAUUAAUGUAAUUAAUGAGGCCCCCUUUCAUUGAGACGAUGGCAUUAUGUAAAUGUGUUGAAUCACUCUUAACGUUUCGCUCCAGCACAUAUUAUUAUUGCAUAUCGCUUUGUUUGAUCGAGCUGAACUUACUUGCAAGGGAAUCGCUCUGUGUCAAGCGUACAUUUAGCUGUGUAGCAUCUAUCUUUUUUUUUUUUGUUUGUUUUUUGUUUUAAUUUCCUCUUUUUGCUCUAAAUUCUGAAAUGUACCCGCGAGGAAAUGUGCAAUAGAUGAUACAAAAAAAACAACAACAACAAAAGAAAAACAACAACGCAUCAUGCUUCUACAAGAGGAGAGAAAAAAAAUAAAAAAAUAUCAGAACAUUGCCAUUACAUGCGCCGGGAGGCGACGCUCCCGGUCAAACUGCCAGUCACGAGCUUUUACCAUCACUUCAAGUGUGUCAUGUUUGAGUCUGUCUGAAAGAGCAGAUGUGCGAGGCCCUGAAAGCAUCCGAGGAAUCGUUGGACCAAAGCAGCCGCAUGUGACACCUCGUUAUCUCCUGACGCCAUGAACUGAGCUGCUGCUCCUCCGGCAGUGGACGGUGAUCUGUGAAUGGCAGAAACACACAGCGGCGAGUCAUCUGGGAUCUCCUUCACCGAUGGAGAGUCUCGGCCCUUCGUCAGGGGCCUCGGCGGCCCUGCUCUGAGCUGUCACGUUCGUGCCUGAAUGGAUUUUUGAUAGUUUUUGUGUUGUUGUUUUCUUCUUCUUCUUCUUCUUCUUCCUCUUCUUCUUCGUUUUUUUUUUUUUUUUUCCAGUUUGUUGGUUUGUUUUCCCUCUGGACUGUGUCCUCUCUUGACAUUUAACCCACCGCUGUCAAACCGGCUUUUUUUCUCCUCAACACUCACGGCGGCGAAGGUGACGUUUGGAACCGUCGGCGGCGGUAAACAAGAGAGCGGCGAGGUGAACGCUCCUUCAGGCCGUUUCAGUUCAAUCCAUCAACUUCCAAGAUGUACGCCAAAAAACAGAAAAUCCUUUAUUUUUCUCUGCGCUGAGCCUCGGCCGGCCUUACUGAUGAGCUGCAGGUGAACACAGCUGAAGAGUUCGUCCAAGAAACCUUCAGUUAAGCUCCACCUUUUACUAAACAUGUUGGGCCUUGUUGCUGAGAGUUAGUUGAAAAGACUGAUAUCAUUCUUUGUGCACUUUUUGCAGAGUUCGAUACUCGAACACCGUUUCCACAUUUAUCUGAUGCUCAGUUUAAACCUGACUGUUCAGUUUUAUUUCGUGGCAUCACAACUGGAAACCGCUCACAGUUCAGUGACAAAUAGGAGCUUAGCUUAGCAUAACGACAGCUGAAGCUAAAUAUUCCAACCAGUAUUUUAUUCCGUCUUAAAACGUGUCUGGAGAGGAUCUUUGACUGUAGCAGCUUGGAGCAGGAGAACAGCUAACCUGGCUGUGCGAAACACUAAAAAUAUCUGUCAGUGCCUGUAAAACUCACUGUUCUGGUGCACGUUCAGAGGUGGUCGGGUCCAGGUGUGUCCACGUUCAUUCAGCAGCAGCCUGUUGGUCACAACUGAGCCACUAACUGCUUCAGGAUUAUGUCGAGAAGCACCGAAUAUUUGAUUUUUAGCAGAAUCUGGUUCGAGCAAACUGCACAUUUUUGGCAUUUUCUUCCCAUAACACAUGUAAAAAGAAGAGAUUCUGAUGAAUUAUCAUGACUUUAAACUUAGAUUUGGUGAAUAUUCUGACAUUUCACAAGGAGUAUCUUCAAGGAAAACUAAGAAAGUUCAAAAAUCUGAUUAUUCUUUACGUAUAAAUGCUGUAAUUUUGGAGAUUUUCAAGACUUUCAAACCCAGCAGCAGGUUUUGUUGCUCAGAGGGUUUAAAGGCAACAACAACUGUAGAUUUGUUCUUCUCCUUCUUUUUAAACACCAGCAGACUAUCCACAGGAGGGCAUUGCUGCCUUCCCACAGCUAAAAACAACACAUUUGGUCUUUGCAAACAGAAAUGACGCACCAAUGACGAUCCGAUCACAACAUGCAUUUAAAAGCUCUGACGACGGCUAGAAACUAAUCCACAAAAACCUCAACUUGCCAUUUUUACACUUUAGUUUUGGUGAAACUAACAAGAGACGAUGCAUUAAUUAGCAAACUGUUUUUCAACUUUGCACGACGCCAGGAUCGCUGUUUCCCCAGGUUCAUGUUUUAUGCUAAGCUAGGCUAACAGGCUCCUCUUAAAACUUAGAGUACGGACACAAGAGUGGUAUCCGUCUUCUCCGAUAACUCUCAGCUCAGAGUGAACAAGCUUAUUUACUAUUUGAACUAUUUACCGAUGUUUUUUGCUGAUGGAGUGAUGAUGAGGAGUCAUUCCCGCCACAGGAAAUGCACGUCCCAAUGCGUUGUAUGUCCAAAAUACCUGGAUGUUGGACCACCUCCAGGCUUUUCUGGCCAUUCUGACCCACAAUCCUUUACUUUAAACAUCAGAUGACGGCUUAAGGUUCCCUAUUAUGAUGCAGCGGUACGUCUCAAUCGUCUGCAGACUGCAUGGACCAGUAGGUGCUUGGUGAAGGCGCGGUAAAGUAAAAAGACAGAGCAUGUGAUCUGGAAUGAAGCCGAUGAGUUUCCGGAGGGCAGCCGGGUGAGGCAGCUCCGUGUCAUUCCUCCCUUUCCUUUCAUUCUGACAAACGGACGGUUUCGGCUCCUCGUCCUUUUAAAUCUUCCUCCUUCCUCGACACAUUCGGGCCGAAGCGACGGCGACGCCUCGGAGGCUUCCUGGGUUUGGGGAGUUUGAGUUUGUCUUAGCACGAUGAGAUGGUUUGUUUUGCAGGUGCGCUCGAGAAAAAAAGAGAAGGUCAGAGAGGAUUGUAAGCGAGAGCGGGAAAGCAGGGAGACAGAUGAUGGAUCAGUGGUGGAUUUUCUGGAGGUGAGAGGAGCUUUGAUGGAGAAGAAAGGCCAACGGGCGCUGAUUCCACCUGAAACACGAGGAACUCCUGCUAACCGCCCGGCCGGCCUAAUGAGCUCUCCGCUCCCGAACCCGAGCCGCGAAAUCUCAUUACAUCAAACAACGUUUUAAUUGCGGCGCUCUUUUGAAGCCACGAGAGACAAAAGAGUUCACGCCACAGCGGCUCGUCUCGGCCUCCAUCCGUCCGCCCAAGAGCUGCCGAGCCGAUUCCCACGUCUGAUUUUAGCUCCUUUCACUGCCGGCGUCGUCAGAUCUCAUGGAGCCCUGAGGGUGCGGGAGUCGAGCUCGGGUGUCGGAAAAAGUUUUUUUUGGAAUGAGACAAAAGAAAAAGAGCUUCAGAUGAUGGAUCCUUGUCUCCCUUGUUCCUUUGUGUUUUUGCGGGGAAAAUAACCAGACGAUGUGUUUGAAGGGUUUGUAAUGAAACGAGCUUUAAUUGUAAAGGAGGGAAAUCAAGAGAAAAAAAGAGGGCUUCAGAAGUCACUCGGCUCUGUUUGAUGGGAGGAGGUUUGAUAGGAAAGUUUGAGCAAGUGAGUGGGAGCAGGUGGGACGUAUUUAGACGAGAAUGGGGGGAAGGGGGGCGAUGCUUUAGUAGGUUUUUUAAUUAUUAUCUAGUUUUUGAGUGUGAGGAAAGACAGAAGAGAACAAGAGACGCUGCGGGGCUUUUUUCUCAAGCAGUUAGGGUGAAAAAUAAGUUUAAAAAAAGAAGAAGAAGCCCCUGCGAAUCGAGAAAAUGCAGAUUAUUUGUGUCGUUGUGAAAACUUCCUCACAGGAUUGUUUGAGGCGCCAGCGGGCAUCAGCGGGAGCCGUCGCCGAGCUCCAGAGAAAGAGGCUCGUGUCGAGGAACGAGGCGUCUCCGUGGCGCCGCUCUUUGUCUCCGUUUGAGUCCCCCCCGUUUCUAAUUAGCACAACAGCGUGUCUUAAUUAACCUCGAGCCGGUCGAGACGCCGCGUCGGCUUCCUCAUCAAGAGCUGCCUUUUUGUCGCGUGGGAGCUCCGCCACGUUUGGGCGAGCUGUCGGGAGUGAUGAUUGAUGCCGAGUGACAGCUGAGGUGGAAUUCGUGGUAUAAAAGGUGGAGCUUUUUAGCCUCGCUGUUGCGUUGGUAGGAUGGGAUUCGUCAUCGCCCUGCUGCGUGCCAAACAACAAACUCCAUUGAUCUGUAAAUUGUGACAUAAACAACCCGCUACCAAACACAACAACAACCACAGGCCUUGAGUUGGACCAAAGGAGGUGCUAUUCUUUCAUUUUUCUCUUCAAUUUUCCUUUUUCUUAUUUCCUUUUUUAUUACCAUUGUUGUUAUGCAAAUUGUGUUUAACCCUUGCUAACACCUUGUUUUCAAAGGAGGAGGCAGAAGGAUGCUUGGUUCCGGUGGCGGUCUGUUCAGAACAUCGGCUCACUGUGGGCCAGCAUGAAACGUUCCUUUUGAAAACAGGGCAUUGUUUUGGUUUUUUUUUCUUAUCUACCGUUUCAUUUUGACAAGUCUUGUUCCUCUUUUUGUAUCCUGUACAUGUUUACAUUGUAUCUCGCAUUGCCCAAAAGAGAAACAAUAUUAAAUGUAUUAUCUUUGUUGUUUUA